AUGGAGAUAGAUCAGGUCAUGGUCGACGCAGCCACGGCCUCACGAGAGAAACGGCGGACGGGGAAUGGGCUAACGUUUGCACUCCAGGCUCUCCUCAAUCGGCAUGAAUCCUACGUUACCGAGUCUCAACUCGAGCACGAAAGACUGACAUCCUAUGUCAACGAAUUGGAGAAGGAGCGCAAUUCGCUGCAAGCUGCCAAUGAGAAGGUUGUGGAAGAGAAUCGAGAACUGCUCAACCGACUAGAGUCUGCCAAUACCUCCUUGAAAGAAAGCGAUGAACAUGUAAAGAGUCUCGAAACUCUGCUACGCGAUUGUGAAAGCGAGGUCAGAAGGCUCAAUGGCCUCAGCCGGCAGACCGAAGAGUUGGAGCUCAAGAUGCUCGACUUGGAGAGGGAACGCAUCAGACUCUCGGAAAAGGUUGAAGAAUCUGAAGAGGAGACUCGCAGUACCGUUCAACGCUGGAAAGAGAGCGUGCUCAAAGUCCGACAACUCGAGUAUGAAGUUCAACGAAUCGAAUGGGAAGCCAAGCAAGAUCGGCAACGACAUGAAGAAACCAUAGCGAGGCUUGAAAGAGAGCGAGCUCUGGAACGUGAAUUAGGCGGUGCAGAGGGCAGACUGAAAGGUGCUGCCGCAUUGCAGGGGUUGAAGGGGAAUGGGGUGACGAAGAACAACGUUGUCAGCCACUUCGUGCGUGACAUUCUCCAGGACAAUGCAAACCUCCAGGCCGGUAUCGCCGAGCUGCGAGAGUUAUUACAAAACUCCAACGACGAGGUACAGAAUCUGCGCGAGCAGAUAAUGCACCAUCAACCUGUCGAUUACGACCAUAUGCUGGAAGACCCACCGAUCUCGAGACCUUUGAGCGAGCAGAUAGAUUGGGCUGAAUCUUGUCCCAAACAAGUCCAGCAAGAGGUCCACGUCCACCACCAUUACCAUGCAAAGCUUGCCGCUAGACGAGAUCGUACUCCCACAGUAAGAAGGACUACACGCAAACGGCCCAUGUUCGGACUCGGCGCUCUUCCUGCGACUCCGGAAUCAUCUGCCCCUAAAACACCUCUCUCGGGAUCUAGCCGAUAUGUCUCGAGUCCCGUUGUUCCACUGGCACUUCACCAUCCUCAACCAAGGUACAAUCGCUGGUCUGUACAGUCGGCUGCCACGGUUUCGUCGAUGUUGUCCAGUUUCCCAAGUUCUCCAAGGUCAUACUACGAACCGAGCAGUUCCAUCUUCGACCGAAUUGAAGCCAGUGAGGAUUCGUCGAGGCCCACGAGUCCAGAGUCCGCUGCUGGCUUCGCCGAGCCCGGGUACAAAAGCUUCAAGUCUAGGCUGCUGGAGGACGCAGUGCCUCACUCUCUCGACGAGGAAGACCUCGAACACGCAGCCACAAGUGAUGAUUCAUCAGACGCGCAUGACUUGCGAGGCCUGCCACCAGAGGAGGUGCCAGGAACACCUGCGGAAGAAGACGAAGCAGAUGAAGUCCGUGGAUCAUCUCAGGACUUGACACCUAAACCUUCUCAAAUACUUGUCACGGCGGAGCACGACGAUUGUGAAGACGCUCCAGGGCUGUCGGAGAUCCGAAUAGAAUUCGAUGGGCAGGAUGGUACGACAUCAUUGCCGAAGCAACUAGAGAUAAGGGUAGAGGAGCACGAAUCCGUGUGGGCGGAGGAAGCAACCAAGAGAGACUCCAGAGGAAUCGCGCCCACACAGCAAGAGACAGGAUUUGAUGAUUUUGCAAGCCACAUGCAGAUGCGCCACCGUCGCACGAAUUCUCACGAAUCCCUUGUCUCCAUCUCUGGAAUGGACAUACAUCUCGCGAAGCGCCCCGCUACCGCAACGUCACAAGCCUCGAGCCUCCUCAAAGGCAAUCGAGCAUACUUUGCCCUGUCUCCUUCCGCAGCACGCAGACUGCCCGCUGCACAACCCUCGACGACUGUAACGGAGUUCACUGCACUAAGUUCCCCUAGAUCCAUCAGUUCAAACAGCAUCCCCUCGCCCAACGCGUACCCAAGCCAGAGCAUCGAGGCACUGAGCGGUCUCGCUGGCCUCCCCAAGAUCUCUCCGGCAGAACAACACCACCAAUCCGGCGGUUUCGGCCGUUUAGUUGGUGGUUGGGUGAAAGGACGAUGGGGACCGGCACCUACGAAACUAACUUCUGAAUUGAAAGCUUUGAAUUCGAAUACGAGUCCGGGUGCGAGUUCAAACCAUCACCAAAGCCAAGCCAAAACCUCUUCCUCUUCUCCUGCUCCUGCUUCUUCUGCGGCAACAGAAGGUCCGUUGCGUUCAACCUUAACAUCAUCGUCUUCUUCAGCACCUCCACCACCGCCAGCACUGGCUGCAGCGUCAUCAUUAUCAUCUUCGUUGUCGACUUCUUCUUUCUCGUCUCCCCAUCCUCCUCCUUUGUUCCUAGGAGGGAGAGCUCCAGGAAUCAACCAGAAGGGAAUGGUACCUGGAUUCAGACCCGCAAAAAAACCAGCCAAUCCUGGCGUUGAGCUCAAGAUGGUGGAUGUAGAUGGUCUGAAAGAGAGCUUGGCAGAAUGA